CCAAUAACAACUUUGCUCCCCUCCGUGGUGCGUGUGUGACGCGUCAGGCGGGGCGCGCCCACUCCACACAUCUCCGCGCAAAAAGGAAAGCCUCCGACAAAGUUUAGUUUGGAUGGACUCGCGGAAAGAGUGCACACGGGCGCUUGGAAGGGGACGCUUCGCCAAAGUGGAAGGCAAGGACGGCCAGUUUUUCAUCCGGAGACUGACGCUUCUUGGAUGUUAAAUCGUUCAUGUCCUUCUGUGCUCGGGCACACCCAGAACUCACUUCAACACAGGAACUGAAUGAGCGGGUUGCCGUGACCCCUGGAUCACUUUGGGGAAGCGCCAGUUGCGAGGAGAUAACUUGACAGCGAUGGACGACUCCGUAGAGGACUACGGAAACUACAGCUAUGACUACUACAUGGAAUAUGGUGACAUGGAAGAACUUAAAGUGGACCACAGGCAGAAAGAAGCCAUGCAUAUUAUCUCGGUGGUCAUUUACAUUAUUUCCUUUGUGCUGGGCCUGAUUGGAAACGGAACUGUCAUUUGGGUGACGGGAUGCAAGAGCAAAAGAACCGUCAACAGUGUCUGGCUGCUCAAUCUGGCCUUGGCCGACUUUGUCUUCGUGCUCUUCCUCCCUUUCUACAUCGACUACAUCCUCCGUGACUUCCACUGGGAUUUCGGCGUGGCCAUGUGCAAGAUUAAUUCUUUUGUGUCCGUCAUGAACAUGUACGCCGGCAUUCUGUUCCUCACGGUGCUCAGCGUGGACAGAUACGUCUCGCUGGUUCAUCACAAUUGGUCUCAGAGGUGCCGGACGCCCGCUCGGGCCUGGUUCAUCAGCGCCUGCAUUUGGGUCACGGCCGCCGCCGUCAGCUGCCCCGCGCUCAUCUUUCGGGACACAAUGCGCUUACACGACAAAGUGGUGUGCUUCAACAACUUCCAUGCACAGGAUGGACUGUCGGCGGCUGCGAGACACAUUCUAAUGGUCUCCGUCCGUACCACUGUUGGAUUCCUCUUGCCGUUCUCCGCGAUGUGUGUGACCGGUAUCCUUCUGACGAUCCGAGUGAAUCGAUCCCAGGGAGCCGUUCGCCUGUCAAGCUUCACCAAAACAGUCUCGGCCAUGAUCCUGGCUUUCUUUAUAUGCUGGGCCCCGUUCCAUAUCUUCAGUGUGAUGGAGCUCUCCAUACAUUCCUCGCUCUAUUUACAUAACGUGCUGAAAAUGGGAUUUCCUCUGGCCACCAGUUUAGGAUUCUUCCAUAGUUGCAUUAACCCAGUGCUCUAUGUGCUUCUGGGUAAAAAAGUUCGCAACAUCCUGAAGCGUGCAUGCCUGGACAUAACUAAAAGCUCGCUAAGGGAACUAAGCCAGUCUGUGUCGGCCACUGAGAUGGAAUCUUUGCCAGGGGCCCCUCAAGCGGGGGCCAGUGCACCGGAGGAGCCUGUGGCCUCAUCAACUUUGUGAUUGUACAUAGGCUGAUGUUAUUAAAAGUCUACACACCCUUGUUCAAAUGCCAGGGGGUUGUGAUAUUAGAAAAGAAUGAGAAUAAUUGAUCUUAAAAGUUUUUCAACCAUUUAUGUGACUGGAAUAAUGAACCACGCAAACGAAUGAAAAAAAAAAUCUUUUGGAGAGGAGAAUUUAAGAACCUGACAUCUGAACAGGGGUGUGUAGACUUUUCAUAAUAGUGCAUGUCUUCAGUCAACAAUUGCAUUGAAUGAAAAAACUUAACACACUCGAAUACUCUGUAUCUUUUCAUUUACUUUUAAAUUGUGAAGCCUAGAAUAAACAUACAGACGGAUACACGGGGGAAAAGAUUUGACAAAAAUGGUUAUAUUUUACGACUUUACUCUUGUAAAAUUACAAAUCUUGCAUAUUGCAAAUUUCUCUUUUCAGCUCUGUUGGAUGUUUUUAAUGCAUUUUACAGAUUUUCCUUUUGUUUAAUUGAGAAGAUAAAGACAGUAGAACUCAAAGUGUUUUGUAUAAAUGUAUAUUUUCUGCUAGAGUACACUAUUUGUAGAAAUGUGAUAUAAAUAUAUUUUACCUAAUAUAUUCCAACUAAAUAGCUUUUAAUAAAUGCGCUCUACUGUA